AUGCUCCUAUUCUGCCCCUCAUGCAGCAACAUGCUCACCAUAACCACCAUCCCGGCUUCCCACUGCGCGCCGACCAACAUCGACGAAGCGAACAAAAACCGCUUCGAAUGCCGCACAUGCCCGUACCAAAUGAUCCUGGACCGCAAGUACUUCGAGCGCAAGACUAUGGACCUCAAGGCCCCCGAAGCCGUGCUUGGUGGCGCGGAGAGCUGGAAGAACGUCGAUAAGACGGAGGUGCGCUGUAAGAACGAAACCUGCGACUCCCUGCAAGCCUACUUCAGACAAGUGCAGAUUCGUAGUGCCGACGAGCCCAUGACGAACUUUUACAAGUGCGUCAAGUGCGGCGCGGACUGGAGGGAGAAUUGA